AUGUGCUGCGACAUGUCCGCCCCAAUGCCCGCCGUUGUGCCUGUGGUUAUUUUCCUUCACGGAUUGGGAGAUACUGGGCACGGAUGGGCAGAAGCCUUUGCAGGUAUCAAAAGUUCCCACAUCAAAUACAUCUGUCCACACGCGCCUGACAUGCCAGUCACAUUAAAUAUGAAUAUGGCUAUGCCUUCUUGGUUUGGUAUCAUUAGACUUUCACCAGAUUCCCAGGAGGAUGAAUCUGGAAUUAAACAGGCGGCAGAAACUGUAAAAGCCUUGAUAGAUCAAGAAGUGAAGAAUGGCAUCCUUUCUAACAGAAUUAUUUUGGGAGGAUUUUCUCAAGGAGGCGGGUCUAUCAAUAGUGCUAAUCGGGAUAUUUCUGUUCUCCAGUGCCAUGGAGAAUGUGACCCUUUAGUUCCUCUAAUGUUUGGUUCUCUUACUGUUGAAAGACUAAACGCAUUGGUAAAUCCAGCCAAUGUAACCUUCAAAAUCUAUGAGGGCAUGAUGUACAGCUCAUGCCAGCAGGAAAUGAUGGAUGUCAAGCACUUCACUGAUAAGCUCCUACCUCCAAUUGAUUGA